UGACCGAAUUUUCAUUUUUGGGUGAACUGUCCCUUUAAGAAGCCCUAGAAAACAUGUUCCCUUCUUAGACAGAGUACUAAUUUUACAUCUUGCUGCUGUAAAGAUUGAACCCUGUCAGAGAGUUUACAUUAAUGACUGCGGCACUGUGUUUCUGACACUGUUGGGCUUACUGAUGAAGGCCGACAUGCGCUGCAGAUUCUCAGAUCACAAUACUUUGGCCAAUAUUAUUAAGAGUGCACACAGCUUUAGCUUGCUCCUGCAUUCUUUUGUCAUCCUAACAAACCACUCCACAUACCAGCUCAUUUUCAUUCUUAUAUAAUAUACAGCAAAACAAGACAAUUAAAUCUUGAGGAAAAAAUAAAGGGCAGCUUGCAAGCACUUGCAAGUCUGGAGAUCCAUGACUGUUAAUUAAACACGGAGCGUGUGUCGUUCAUGAGCUGAACUUCGCAGAAUAUAUAAAGACUAAAGGUCAGCGCCUCAGGGUGGUGUGCUCAAUUCUGGAACAAUGGCCAAAACUUGGUUUAUGGGACAGGCUUUGGCAUUUUGUGUGUGGUUUUGUGCUGUCUGUCAUGCCGGUCCCCAGUUUAAUCAUUUUCCCCAGGAGCCUCAAUCUCCAGUCUUCCAGCAAACUGAACAACAGUUUUCUGCGAAGCUUCCACUUCAGAAGCCAGCGGUGCAGUCAGAAGCUCUUGACAAGUGUGCUGUAGCUGAUUAUGAGCAGAUCCAGUGUGGACAACCUGGUAUCAGUGGUGCCGAGUGUGACGCUAUAAACUGCUGCUUUAAUGAACAGCGGUGUUAUUAUGGGAUGUCAGUGACUGUCCAGUGUAUGAGAGAUGGUCAGUUUGUGUUGGUGGUGGCUAGAGAUGUUACUCUGCCUCGUCUGAGUCUGAACACUGUCCGUCUGCUGGGUGGAAAUGAAGCAUCUUGUGGUCCUGUUGGUUCUACGCCUUCCUUUGCCGUAUACCAGUUUCCAGUCACUGCCUGUGGCACCAGCAUGAUGGAGGAAAAUGGUUAUGUGGUGUAUGAGAACGGCAUGACUUCCGGGUUUGACGUGGGGAUUGGACCUCUUGGCUCCAUCACAAGGGACAGUCAAUUUGAACUUCUCUUCCAGUGUAGAUAUUCUGCCACUGCUGUGGAAGCUCUGGUUGUGGAGGUCAACACCGUUCCAGCACCUCCGCCUGUAGCUGCUCCUGGACCCCUCAGGGUGGAGCUUAGACUGGCAAAUGGCCAAUGUGUCACUAAAGGCUGUGCUGAAGGAGAUGAGGCGUACACGUCCUACUACGGCGAGGAUGAGUAUCCAGUCACAAAAGUCCUGCGAGAGCCUGUGUAUGUUGAGGUGCGCAUUUUGGAGAGGACUGACCCCAAUCUUGUCCUGCUGUUGGGACACUGUUGGGCGACAUCAACCCCUAGUCCUCUCAGUCUACCCCAGUGGGAUCUUCUAGUUGAUGGAUGUCCUUACCAGGAUGACCGUUACCUGACCACACUGGUUCCUGUAGUUGGCUUGUCUGGUCUUCAGUUCCCGACCCACUACAAGCGCUUUGUUGUGAAGAUGUUCACGUUUGUGGAUACAUCGUCACUGGCCCCUCUGCAGGACACUAUCUAUAUUCACUGUAGUACCUCGGUGUGCCACCCUGCUUCUGGUUCCUGUGAGCAGAGCUGUGCCAGAAAAAGGAGAGCUGUUGCGGGAAAAAGGAGUGAAGAAACUGUGGUUUCCAGUGGAGGCAUUCUCUUUACCAUGUAAAUUUCAUGGCUGAUUUUAAUAAAGUUAUUAGACUCU